GGCCUUUACAGCACAGAGAUCCAGCCAUGGCACCUACAAUCACUUCAGCUAUGAUCUACUCUAAGAACCACCUGACUCUGACCAACAAGCUAAGAAAGCCAGUGGUGGAGAAGUUACGCAGAGAUCGUAUCAACAGCUGCCUUGAGAAGCUCAAGUCUCUCCUGGGUCCAGAGAUUCUCAAUCAGCAGCCCGACUCCAAGCUGGAGAAAGCAACCAUCCUGGAGAUGACAGUUAGCUUCCUGAAACAACAGCAACAGUAUCAACCAUUGAGCUCCUCCUCCUGCUCAGCACCUGACAAUCAGGGUUACUCCAGGUGUGUCCAAGAGAUUGUGCACUUCCUGUCCAAGGAUGAGGUGACGACAGAGUCCCAGAGAAGACUGCUGAGCUACUUCCAGAGCCUGCAGCCAUCAUCUGAUAAGAACAGGAGGGAGAGUGACCUGCUUCAGUUGAGCACCCCAGCCCAGCACAGCAUGAGCAAAGAGAAGGGUCCAGUCAACAGCGCCCUCUGGAGGCCCUGGUAGAGUCCUACAGACUGGAGCUUCAUUCUCAUGCAGGACAUUUCCCAGUCCUUAUUACAGAGGAGUUCAUCCACAUUUUCUGCAUUUGCAGGAGUUUAUGUUAAUUUGUAAUGACAAAAUGCAUUGAACAAUAUCAGUAUUUGAAUCUUCCUCUCUUGAUUACAAGAGGAUCAAUAGCAUAUUCUGUUUUAUAUUUCAUUUUUAUGAAGUGAAUAUACUGUGUAUUGUUUCCUGUGGGAACGUUUUAAUAAUUUAUGAAAUAGUGUUCACUGUCUUUCUAGCGGAAAGAUUGUGAUUGAACAAUGUUCAAUCCUAUUUGUACUGUUUUGAUAUCGAAAUUGAAUAUCUUAAUGGCAAAACAUGCAAACAGUAUCAGACGUCAUUACAUUUAUGUAGACGCUGUUAUCCAGAGCGACUUACAGUAGUGAUUGUAUACAUUUUCUUCUUUAUACUUGUCCCCCGUGGGAAUCGAACCCACAAUACUGGCGUUGCAAGCACCAUUCUACACCAACUAAGCUACACGGAACAUUAUCGCUUUCCCCUGAAAAUUAUAUCAGCAUUUUAGACAGAAUAAUACUUCCUCUCGAUGGCGAGAGGAGUUAAAACGUGUAGACCUACUGGUUUGUAUCGCUAUGUGAGUGUAUCACAUUCCUCGCCUUCUGAGAAGGUAUUGUAAAGAUUGAAAACAUGUUUUCAAAAUUAAUGUAAAUC